AUGUUUAGCGUGGUGUCUGGGACCCUCACAACACGCACCGUACCCCAGCCGGCGUCCACCCGCUCCGCCGCCAACCCCGAAUGCCCGACCGUAACCCGCACCGCGACGGUGUGCCGCCGCUGCGUGACGCCCGAGUGCGCCGUGCUAUCGACAAAGACGCGCCGCUGCGACUGCCCCUGGCCACCUGCCAGCGUGACGGUCGCGUGGCCGUGCGGGACAGACGGCAAGUGCGCCGGCGUCAAGGGCCUCGGCUGCACCACCUCGUACAGGUGGGCCCGCCCGACGUCGGCGUGCCCGGCCAACCUGGAUCCGCCCAACAAGCCGAGGCCGAAGCCGGUGCAGCCUGGCGGCGGCAUGGGCUGCACUGCUCCGCCCCAGCCGACUGUCACCUCGCCGCCGACGACGACGACGACGACGACGACGGCCGCGCCCACGGUGACGCCGGCUUUGUGCUCGACCGAGGUCACGGUGCAAGAGUAUCCGCAGUCUUGUAGCUGCGUUUCCGACUUUUGCAUCCGGGAUAAUCUCGUUACCCUUCCAUGCGGCUGCUCCAGGCUAGACAUCGCAACUGCGACCAGUACCCUCGCCUGCCCCACCAAUUCAAGCUGCACACGCUGCUUCACAGCCUUUCCCUUCACAGAGACCCAGCCGUGUAGCAGCGGCUCAUUGGCUCUGGCACGUACCUGUUGA